AUGGAUAGUCCUCAAGAAAAUAAUAAGGUGGUUUAUGUGGCUCUUGGAAACGAAAGAGAAGAGGGUUUCAAGACCUUGAAAUGGACACUGCAAAGAUGGAGAUUUCAUCCACUUUCUAUAAUCAUUCUCCACAUAAACAUCACCAAAGAUAUUGUUGACACCUAUUUUGGAAAGAUGCAUGCAAAUUACAUAAGUGAAGAGAUGUUAGAACUUAUUAGAAAGAAAGAACAAGAAAAUAUCGAUAAGUUACUUUCCCAGUACAUAACUUUUUGUGGCAAGGUGAAAGCUGAAGUUUUCAAGGUUGAGAAAUAUGAUAAGCCAAUCCGUGAACUCAUCAUAGAUUUGAUUUCAGGACUCCAUAUAAACAACCUGGUCAUGGGACUCACAUUCAUGAAAUCUUCAUCUAGGAAAGCAAAAACGGCAAUUAGUGGCUGUUUUUACAUUUAUCAACAGAAGCCUGAAUUUUGUGACGAGUUCUUCAUAGUAAGUGGUGGAAAACAGAUAUCAAUGAGUGAAGAAAAUUUUGGUGAUUCAAUUCCAUUAGAUUCCCCCAGUUCUCAAAGUCAAUGGGAAUGUUAUACUCAAGAAAUUGAUAACUAUUUUCAACAUUUAUUGUCCCUGAAUUUGGAUGAAGAAGUAGUAAUUAAUAAUUGCCAUGAGCCGGUGAAUAAUGAUAAUAGUCCAAUAGAAGCAGAAAUGAGGAAACUACAAACCUCCAAUAUGAGUAUUGCUGAGAAAUCUCAAUGCCUGAGGACAAAAACUCGAGAAAUAUUGGAGAUGAUCCAAUCAAAAAGAGAUGAAACUAAGGCCAAUUCUCGUAGGCAUGCAAAAGCAGAAAGGGUCAUUUAUAUAUGCAAUGAAAGGGUUAAACUUGGAAUUUCACCAAGCCAAAUUCCUACAGUGGUAUCAGAGCUUUGGUUCAAGCUUAAAUCAACUCAAGAAAGAAUCAAGAAAGUGAUCAAGACUGGGAGAAGAAGAAGAAACACAACAAGAAGUUGUGGACAGUGGGAAACCUGUGGAAAUUCCACAAACUGA